UAGUGAGAGAUGACAUCAGCACUCAUUCAGUCAGACCGCAGCAUGCAUCGGCUUAAAUUGAAACAGCAAGUUUGUAUUUUGCGCAGAUAUUUUGUCAUCUAGUAUACGGAUUUACGCAUGAAAGAAACGAAUGAUUUUUAUUUGGAAGUAAUGCGUCAAUAAACACAUAUUUAGGAUAAGUUGGGCAUCAUUAUGAGCGCGAUAUGCACGAGUUACCAGAGUCCAGAGAAAGGUUUCGUGAAGGGAUUUUCUUGUCCCGCACCGGAGGGUGACAGUCGUGCUGUUUACUGCUGUGGAUUUAAUGAUGUGAAGUACUGCUGUGAUGAUCCCAACAGCUUUUUCCCUUAUGAACAUGGGUAUAUGUGGUGGCUCAGUAUUGGAGCUCUGGUUGGUCUGUCCAUAGCUGCUGUGGUCUUACUGGCCUACGUCAUCAACGUGUGUGUUCUUUGCUAUCUCUUCAUUGCUACAAAGCCUGGUCACAGGGACAACGGCCUUACUCUAAGUGUGCCAGAACCAACGUUUGAGCCCAGUCACUCUGCUGGACCUUAAGGUCUUAUCAUUUCUUCAACCACAAACUAUGACUGUGAAAACCAACCCGCCGAUCCUGAUCAACUGUUUCUGCCUUGCUUCACUGCAGCUGUUACUAGAGUCAAUGUGGACGGACCCAUAUAGAGAUCAGUCCUGUUUGGUACAGUAUAGGCUUGUUCUGGAUUAUGUUAAACAAAGUCCUGGUUGUAAUUAUUUCUGCUUACCAUGUAACUUUGUUUUGUAAUGUCAGAGGAGAUUAUUACACAUGCAAGUUUUGAAUCACAAGUUUUCAUAUUUAAUAAUGUUUAAGUGUUUGGGUUAUGUGUAAGUAAAAAAAAGUUUAAUAAAAUGAGGAGAUUUAAAAGUGCAUCUAUGUGUAGGACUACCCUUUUUAAAGUGUGAUGUGAAAAGUCACAUGAACUGUAGAAAUACGUGUUCAUGGUUAGUAUGAAAUUAACAUUUGAUUAUUAAUUUCAUUAAGUUAAGAUAUUUAGUUGCCUUCUUUCUUUUGGAUCUGUUGCAGCAUCUGACUUCAGCAAUUUAAUCCAAAUUCCACUCUACAGACAUUCACACCUGGACAACCCUAAUAAACCCAUAUUUAUUGGUCACAGUCAUGAAUGGAAUCUAAGUCAGACACAAACCUGCCCUGCACACUUAUUCACAGCAGAGUGUUUGGUAAGAUGACCUAUAAAAUGACCCAUUGAUAACAGGGUGCAAACCAGAAAGCCACACGUCACACAGAUCCAUAACCUUUGAGAAUUACAUCAUCUCCUGAUUAACCUCUCUUUACUGACCUUGUGCUAUUCCUGCAAUAUUCAUACUUUGUUUGAAAAGCACACAUUUCAAUUAUUAAUUCUCACCAUUACAUGUAUAAAAAAGUUUUAUUUGCAAUUUUUGUAUAUACGACCCUGCCGUUAUAGCUGGUUUUUCAAAGCCUGGGUCACUUAUUGUAAACAAAGCUUUGUAGGCUUCACUUAUUGGCUCCCUAGAAUAAAAUGUUAAAUGCUCAUUAAUUUGCAGUAGAUUAAAGGAUCUACUAAAUAAAUGUAAAUGUUAUAUUUUAAUUCAAGUGGAAUGCAACAUCAUAUAUCUGCAUUUUCUUAAUAUUGAUUUACACUAGUGGUGGGCCGUUAACGGCGUUAACGUGCUGCGUUAACGUGAGACUCUUAUCGCGCGUUCAAAAAAAUGUCGCCGUUAAUCUAUUCUCAAAGUUGGGUUGGGAGCUGGGUCUAUACUACGCAAGCUAUGAUGACUUUCACCUUGAUAUUUUAGCGCGGAUGUAUACCAGCUUAACUGCACUGUACGGGGCGAGAACGAGAUUUUUCAACUCGCGUGAUUCGCGUCAUUCGCGGAAGCAGAAGCCGACUCAUCAUCUCAUAACCAGGGCUUCAUUCGCGCGAUUCGCGCAGCAAGUAGGUCUAUUGGCUCUUUUCAUUAACAUAUAAAUCACUCGCGCUUGACACGCCAUUCGCGUUUGUUCUGAACACAACAUAACGUUACUGUGAAAUUACCGCAUCAAACGUGACGUGCUAACAUGGAUGCAGCUAUGAAGCCGCCGGGUUUGCUUCAGGGAAUAUUAAUUUUUAAGAAGCUUCCCAAUAGAAACAUCGACAAGACUAAGGUUGUUUGC